AUGGACAGCUUAACAAUGGGGCCCAACUGGGGAACAGUAACAGAACACACUCAAAAUGUGCUCAAAUGGCAGGCGUCACGUAACAUAUUGUAUACUACUUUCGCACAUUUUGCUGGACAAAGAGCGCCGACAACAUUGAAUUAUGAUGAAGAAAAAACACUUGACAAAAAUCAUUCACAUUUUCUUCUACUAGACAAUGGUCGUGUAAAUUGUUAUAUUGAUGAUCGUCCUCGUUCUGAUUUCGUUAAGAGCGCAUGUGCUGAAUUUAAAUGCCAAGCUAUAACGAUCAUUGUUGAAGGUGGUUUCAAUACUUUGGAAGUCAUUAAACAUGAUUUAAUGGCUAAGCGACCAGUAAUCAUCAUUCAUGGUAGUGGCCGUUUGGCAAACGUUCUUGGCACAUUACUCGAAAAUUCAAGCAAAGAAACUAUACCUGAAGAAAAGGACGUAAAAGAACAACUUGAAUCAGUUUUUCAUGAACAUUGGUCUAAGCUUGAACAAGACAAAGAAAAAGAUGAAAACAGCAUCAUUGAAGCUAUUAGAGAUUUAUUUAAACCAGAGUAUCGCAAGAAUCUGAAUGUAUUUUAUCUUGAACGUGAUCCAAGCCUUACUGAUAUUAUUUUUAAAGCAGUGGAUACUGCUCAUGCUGAUGCAGAACAACAAAAAAAGUUUCUCAAAUUAGCUAUCAGUUGGAAUUAUGCAGAUAGAGCAGAAUCUAUGCCUAAACGUCUCGAAGAUGAUCCAAAACUCUACCCUAGUUUAUUUGAACAAGCACUCAAAGAAAAUCGACCAGUAUUUGUUGAUUAUUUUCUAAGACGAAAUCAUAAUCCUCUUCAAACAACUGAAUUUCUUAAAUACUCUGAAAGGUUGAGAAUGACAAUGAACAAUGACAAUAAAUUCAAUUCAGAUCGUAAGGCAGAUCAGUCAAGAAAACAAUCAUUGGAAAACGAAAUAAAUUUGGAAGAUAAUCUACGAGCAGAAUGCGCUCUUAAAUUUAUCAUUAAGGAACUCUAUGGACCUUUUCAGACACAUUUUGAUCAUUGGAGUAUUCCAAAGACAUUAAAGGAACUUGAUGCAACUUAUGCACAAUUAAUUGGACCAUACGUUAAUUCAUUCUAUUUCGAGCAAACUAAACGCAGUCAAUUCCUACAAGAUGUCAUAUUAUUCGUCUAUCGUGGUCGUAUUCAUGAUAUUGAUGAAAUCUCAUCGACAGAAAACGGUAGUGAGGAAUCGUAUAUAACUUAUACAUGUGAUAAACCAUUCAGUAGCCAAGAGAUGUUACGUGAACUUUUUCUAUGGAGUGUAUAUACGGGUUAUGCUGAUAUUGCUUUUGUUCUUUUGUUACAACUUGAAUCACGAAUGGUCGCAGCAUUGAUCGCAGCUGGUAUAGCUCAGCAUCUAUCUUUAUUUGCUAGUACUUUGGAUGUACGGCAUACAUACAUUGAACAGGCAAAAAAAUAUGAAACAUAUGCUACAGAUUGUAUUAACGCCUGCUAUAAACAUAAUGAACGACUUGCUUGUCAACUUCUUUUACGUGAAAAUCCACUUUUUGGAAAUGUUACUUGUAUGCAAGUAGCAAUUGCAUCACGUAUCAUACAAUUUAUCAAUACUGACUGUUUCAAUCAAGUAUUAAACCGACAAUGGUUUGGUCACUUACCAGGCAAUGCAACUGAAUCAUCAAUAGCAAAAUUAAAAUUUUUACUCAGUUUAAUAUCAUUAGGAUUGAUUAAACAUCGUCUUAGGAAAUAUAGUGCCGAAGAUGUUGUCGAUCAAACUUCACAAGAAAUAUUUCAAAAGAAUGAUAACACUCAAAAGAAUGAUUCUCAUAGAUGGAAAGGAAUCGAAGAUCAAACGAUUAAAUCUCCUAAUUACUUUCAAAAAGUAUUCUAUUUUCAUUCAGCUCCUGUUGUCAAGAUGUGCUAUGAUUUUGCAAUCUAUAUAUGGUUUCUACUUGUCUUUAGUUAUAUGAUGUUAUUUCAUAUGAACAUAGAGGAAAAUUCAGUUCAUUGGACAAAAAUUUAUCUGAUUAUUACUGUGUCAGCAAUGCUUAUUGAAGAUUUUCGUAAAUUGGCCGUUGAUUAUUAUACACGAAUGUUGGAAAGAUGGCAUCGACCGGGCAUAUGGAUGAUUCCCAUAUAUGCAAUGCCCUAUCUUCUUUUUUAUAUUGGAAUUAUACUUUAUUUUCGAUCAGAAAAUCGAUCAGAUCUUGUUACAGAUGCAAGGAUUAUUCUGGCCAUUGAUCUUGAACUUUGGUAUCUCUUCUCAUUACGUUUUGUGAGUGCUAUUAAACUAUUAGGACCAAAACUUUUCAUGAUUCGAAAUAU